AUGACACUGUACUACACCGACAACAAUGCUCUUAGUGACAUGGUCCACUGGGUUAAUGAGAGCACUUCUCUUUGGCGGGUAGCACCGCUUUCGUAUUCAUGGACCUUUGUGGACUCAGGGGUGCCAGAGGAAGAAUGGCGCGAAGGGCUUGCUGAUAAUGCGACUGUCUUCAGGUGGCAGAGCAUGUCGAAGGUUGGAGGGUUGCCCCUAAAUACUUUUGUGUAUCUGAUGAUCACGAUCGCCGUCAUCAUCUUCCUGAUUUGGUCUGGAAAUGUCGAAAAAAUCAUUCUUGCCGUCAACAGGAGACACUUCAACCACGCGCCUAACAUACACCAGGCCAGCACAGAGGAUCAUGCGUUUCGGAGGGGGUUGGUACGACAUUACCCACCGCGCUCCGAAGAGCCACCAUUCCUAUCACACGCUGAGACAGUGGAAAAUCUCCGAGGUGCGGACAUAACAUCAGACGACAUAAGAGAUUGUCAAAGCAUUAUUCGAAAAGUCUACGCACUCAAAGUGGACGCCUAUAAUGCUCGAGACGCGUAUGCUGCGAGCCAGCUGUUGGUAGCGGAGAUGAGGCGCAAAGAGAAUGCAGGACUGACAGAGAUUCAGAGCAUAGUAGAGGAAUGGGCUAGUGACCAGCCUCAGUGGAAAGCUGAAGAAUGGAAGAAGGUCUGCGAGAUUCGUAACAGGAUGCGGGCAAUUCCGGGACUCCAGCCACUUCCAGGAACACAGUUUGACACGAUAGAGGAAGCGCGAACUAGAUGA